AUGUCAUAUUCUUUUCCGUUUAUUCCCUUCAGAUUGCUCAAGUGUGUGCCUGUUCUACUCCACCUCUACACAUGUUCAUUCUUGGACGCCUUUGACAUUGAUGUCGUUAAACGAGACUAUGCUACCGUAGAAUCCAACUUAGAACGGCUGCAGGAGUCCGCAAACAUAUCAUUAUCGAACUUGAUGCACGUUAACAAUGCUCUCUGUUUAGGUAAGUGGCAACUUUAUACACUAACUAUACUCGCAGAUAAAAGCAUUUUGCUGCCUAACAACAAAGUCGAUGGCCUAGUUGGCUAUUGGACGUUUGACAGGUUACAUCCAAUUGAUGAAAGUGGAAAUGGAAAUCAUAUAAACACACAAGUCACUUACGGUCCACCCUCAAACGGCCAUGGAUCCAGUCUCUUGUUUGGUAGUGACACAUCUUAUAACAUUAAAGCCAGCAAGAGCUUGGAUUUGGGUUCCUUUACCUUGGCGUUUUGGAUAUACCUGACUGGUGACUAUUCAUCGCAUUUCAGAAUGUUGAUAUCUCGAAACGGACACACAUCGCAAUCACCGACUAUAUUGCUAUAUCCUUACGAUAACCGGCUCUCUGUGCGAGUAGAAACAACGGUUGGAAAUGUAGAAGGACUUUCAUCGAAUUCCUCUAUUCCACAACGUCGCUGGACUCACAUUUCGGUAGUGGCUAAAGAAGACUCCCUUAAGCUAUAUGUAAAUGGAAUGUUAGAUAACUCCAUAGGACUAAAUGGGAAAUUGGUGAAAAGUUCUGGUGAUAUAACACUAGGGAGAAAAUUUAAACAUCCUGGACUAAAGGGAUACAUGGAUGAACUACGCAUCUACAAUUAUCCGAUGGGAACUCAUGAAAUAGCAUCUUUUGCAUCCAAUAGUCUGACUGGAUUUGAUAGCCCCUAUAGAGUGCAACUUGGAUCUACAUCAUGCGAAUAUAAAGAUGCUAAUGCCAAUGGAUUCUGCCCAUCCGGAUAUAAAAUAUGCUCCCUGGACCAAUUGUAUAUUUCAGGAGCUCAUAUCGCACGUGUUAAUGGAUGGAUGCAUUCGAGUAAUCAAAUAUGGCACAAGGACCUGACUAAUAUAGACGAUACAUAUCGUGUAGCAUUAUGCUGUUCCUAA